AUGACUCCAGGAUUUUCCUCAGAUCAGUUGUGUUUUCCAGGCUUUAAUGUCUCGUGUGUUAGGACGCAGUUCAAUGUGUGGACCAGAAUGGCUCUUUUUGUGGUGUUUGCUUUAGGUAUGGGGGUAACCAUUUUAGGAAAUGCUGUUGUCAUUGUGUCCAUAAGCCAUUUCAAGCAGCUGCAUAGUCCUACUAAUGUGCUGAUCUCAUCUCUUGCUCUGGUUGAUCUACUAGUUGGUGUUUUUGCGAUGCCUUUCAGUGCCAUCAGAACUGUUCAUGGCUGCUGGUUCUACGGUGAAGUCUUCUGUGAGUUGCACUCCAGUUUUGAUGUGUUUCUUACCACUCUUUCCAUCCUGCAUCUGAUUUGCAUUGCUGUAGACAGACAUGAAGCCAUUUGUAACCCUCUGCAUUACUCCAUGAAAAUCACCAUUCCAGUGGCGUGGAUUAUGGUGUGUUGGAGCUGGGUGCUGGCUGCUGUCUACUCUUUUGGAGUGCAUUACUCAAAGGCUAAUGUUGCUGGGUUGGAGGAUAUAAUUGAAACUAUGAAGUGCCUUGGAAGUUGUUUCCUUAUCUAUAACCAACUCUGGGGCAUCCUGGACAGUGUUCUCUCCUUUUUCUUUUCAUGUACUGUAAUGGUUUGCUUGUACACAAAAAUAUUUACUGUAGCUAAAGAGCAUGCUCGAAAAAUCAGCAAUAUGAAAAAUUCUUCAAAUGACAAGGGAGCUGGAGGGAUCAAACAAUCUGAGCACAAAGCUGCAAAGACUCUGAGCAUUGUACUUGGUGCAUUCAUCGUUUGUUGGAUGCCGUUAUUUACUGUUGCAUUGUUUGAAUCCAUCUUUGGCUCCUUUACACCAGUUGCUGUCUUUGAAGCAUUUUUUUGGCUGGGCUAUUUCAAUUCAACCUUAAACCCAAUUAUUUAUGCCUUGUGUUAUCCCUCCUUCAAAAAAUGCUUCUAUUGUAUUAUUACUCUGAAAAUAUUCAGCCCAAAUUCUUCUACCAUGAAUAUAUCACUAUAA